AUGCCCUCCGCCACGAACGGAGCCUCCUCCACCCCGGACGCUCUGGCGUCCAAUCUCCUUGUCAAAUUGUCAGCCAGUUGCGCCCUCGAAGAUCUCCAAGAAACCCUACUUGGUUCUCUCCACCGUGUAGGUUGGACCGACAAAGUCACAACCCUCGCCACUGAACUCCUCCGUGCCGGCCGAUGCGAAACCUUCGACGAUGUGAUGGAGGCAAUCCUAGCUUCAGCAGAAGGCAGACCGCACCGCGCGCUAAGCUCAAAAGCCACAAACAGCACGAACGGCACCAAGAAAGGCAGCAAAGAGAAUCCCCCCUACGACCCUCUGAAGUACAUUGAAGAAGUUGAUGUCCGGAUACCUGAAGCGGUGGCAGAUGAAGGCGUCCGCGGUCUCAAGGAUAUUCUACGGGAUGUUGCCGACGUUGAGGGAGAGAGUGCGCCCAACGGCGACUAG